UUUUUUUAAAUAAUUUUUUUGAAAUGGGGUUAUGCUUGUUUGGUUAUGUUAUGGUUCUUUGCUUUAUUGCUUUGUUAUGAUUCUUGAUUUUUAGUUAAUUUAUGGAGUCUUGUUAAGUCUUUGGGGUUUCUUGUUUUUAUGUUUGGUUCAUAUUCUACAACUUUUACUCAUUGUUUUAUUGAUGUUUGGUAAAAAAAAAAAAAGAUCUUUUCGAGAUGGGUUAAUGCUUGUUGGGUUAUAUUAUGCUUUAUUGUUUUGUUACGGUUCUUGAUUUUUAGUUAAUGUAUGGAGCCUUGUUAAGUCUUUGGGGUCUCGUGUUUUUUUUUUAUGUUUGGUUCACAUGUAGAACUUUUACUCAUUGUUUUUUUUUUAUGUUUGGUAAAGAAAAUGAAUGCUUGUUUGGUUAUAUUAUGGCUAUUUGCUUUAUUGUUUUGUUGUGAUUAUUGAUUUUUAGUUAAUGUAUAGAGCCUUGUUAAGUUUUGGGUCUCUUGUUUUUAUGUUUGGUGGGAAAAAAAAAAAUCAUUCUUUAGAUUUUUUGAGAUGGGGAUAUGCUUAAUUGGUUGUAUUAUGGCUCACGGAGCCUUGUCACUAUGGUUUGAGAGCCUUGGAAUAACUGGUUAAAGCCAUGGAAAAGCUUCUGUGCUUUACUAUGUGUUUGUGUGAUAUCGUGUGCCUGAGCCGGGGGUCUUUCGGAAACAGCCUUUCUACUUCAUCAGAGGUAGAGAUACCUAAAGUUAUCAGCACAAAUGGCUUUCUACAACAAACUUGGUGGUCUUUUGAGGCAGAGCAUUUCAUCAAGUGGCAAUGCAUUGAAUGCAAAGUCAUCAGCACCUUCAAUUCUCAAUGCCAUCCGUUGCAUGUCGACAAAGCUUUUUGUUGGGGGUCUUUCAUAUGGAACUGAUGAUCAGUCUCUGAAGGAAGCCUUCACCAGCUUUGGCGAUGUCGUCGAUGCUAAGGUCAUCGUUGAUAGAGAUACUGGGAGAUCAAAGGGAUUCGGAUUCGUGAACUUCACAGAUGGUGAAUCUGCCAAAGAGGCUAUGUCAGCAAUGGAUGGACAUGAUCUUCAAGGUAGGAACAUCCGCGUCUCUCUUGCCCAAGAGCGAGCUCCACGCAGUGGUGGUGGUGGAUAUGGUGGUGGCGGAUAUGGCGGUGGCAGCUAUGGUGGAUCUAGAGAAAAUGAUGCAUACUAAGUUAACAUGUUAUGUUUGUUCAAUUAUCCAUACAGGCAUGGCAAAUUUAGUAGUAGGAUUUAAAAGUGAUUUUUUGUGUUGAAUGGAUUCUGGUUACCUUUUAAUUUAUGCUUCUAUAUUAAGGUUUUUAUCA